AUGGGAGGCGAGCCAUGGUGGAAACAAUGGAAUCCAGACAACAUUACUUUGUCAGAUACUACAACGACUGAUGCGUGGAAAACUUGUGUCAUCCAGGGAGUCUACUGGAGCGACAAAGAUCAGCCUAGGUGGUUGGGUGCGCGUAUCUCUUCUAUUUUUGUGAUUUUGUUCGUCAGCACUGCGUUUACGAUGUUUCCAGUAUUCUCAAGCCGUAGGUCUUGGCUGAGAAUUCCUCAAUGGGUUUAUCUGUUCGCGCGGUACUUUGGUACCGGUGUGAUUGUCGCGACUGCGUUCAUCCACUUGCUGGACCCCGCGUACUCGGAGAUUGGUGGGUCGUCGUGUGUUGGUAUGAGCGGAAACUGGGCCAUCUACUCUUGGUGUCCAGCAAUCGUUCUAGCCACGAUAUUUGGUAUCUUUUUCGUUGACCUAGGAAGUGCUCUCUACGUGGAGCGGAGAUUUGGCAUCCAACAUCAGCAUGGGGACGGUAUCGAAGACGCCAUUGUGCGCAAAAACGAGCCUAGUGUUUCCGAAGACGUGGAAAGGAGCGACUUGGAACACGAACGGAGCCAUAACUCCAAGGAUGACAAGCUGACUGAUAUUGCUUCGAGCGUGAGCUCGGAGGCUGUGACUGUCAGCUUCGAAAGUCAGUUCGGAGCAUUUCUCGUGCUCGAGUUCGGUGUUAUUUUUCACUCUGUCAUGAUUGGAUUGAAUCUUGGAUCUUGCGGUGACGAGUUCAGCACGCUGUACCCUGUCCUGGUUUUCCACCAGUCGUUCGAAGGUCUUGGUAUCGGGGCCAGACUGUCUGCUAUUCGGUUCCCCGAGGGAAAGAUCUGGUGGGCGUAUGGACUUUGCUUGAUCUAUGGUCUCACCACGCCGGUUUGUGUCGCUAUAGGUCUUGGGGUGAGAAACAGCUACGAGGGCAAUUCUUAUGCAGUCAACGUAGUUUCUGGCAUCCUGGACGCUAUCUCGGCAGGAAUUUUGAUUUACACUGGUUUGGUUGAAUUGCUGGCUAGAGACUUCAUGUUUGAUGAGAACCGGACCAAAGAUGUUAAAAAGAUUAUUUAUAUGAUCAUCUGUACACUUUGGGGCGCUGGUCUAAUGGCCUUGUUAGGUAAAUGGGCUUAG